UCCUUCUCAACCGUACUAGAGGACAAGGUCCAAGGUCCCUCCUCUCUGAACAGAUAUUUUUUUAGAACCUUUCCUGUUCUUUUCAUGUUCUUCUUUAUUUGACCUGAACUCUCAGUGAAACCUCACUGUUCUUCUCCUCGCUCCUCUGGCUAUAUGGAUUCUUAUUGUAGUUCUUCUGCUCUUCCACAGACCAACAAGUGGUGUAGUUGGAAGCGGCUCUCGUGGCAUGACUACUACAAUCAAGGGAAACAAAGCCUUGAAGGUGAAGAGGGAGCCAGGGGAGAAUGGGACCAGCCUCACGGACGACGAACUGGUGACCAUGUCCGUCCGGGAGCUCAACGCUCACCUCCGCGGCCUCACCAAGGACGAGAUCCUGCAGCUCAAGCAGCGGCGACGCACCCUGAAGAACCGCGGCUACGCAGCCAGCUGCCGCGUCAAGCGGGUAACCCAGAAGGAGGAGCUGGAGAAGCAGAAGAUGGCGCUGCAGCUGGAGGUGGACAAACUGGCCGCGGAGAACGCCACCAUGAAGGUGGAGCUGGACUCGCUGCGCUCCAAGUACGAGGCUCUGCAGAGCUUCGCCAGGACUGUGGCGCGCAGCCCGGCCGCAGCAGUGGCCUUGACCCCAGGGGGUCGGGGCCUCGGGGGGGUCAUGGGGCCCCUGGUCCCCGGGAAGGUGGCAACGGCCACCAGCGUCAUCACCAUCAUCAAGUCCAAGACGGGAGCCAGGUCGUAGUAUCGUGGGUUGGGCGGCGUGGAGUUAUCAGACUAAUGAAACAACGUGUACUAUAGUCAGUGUAUCAUCAUGGACCACAUGAUUAGUUCCCUUGUCUGUCUUUUGGGCCAGAACAUACAACACAACCCCCCCAAACCUUUGUACCAGCUACUAGUAACACUCUUUCAAUUGGCCAGCAGCAGAGGCCACACCCACCCUUAUCAGACAGCCUUUAAUAGGCUAAACCAUACUUCCAUUCUGCCUUGGCACUGUACAAGCAGAAAUGCAUACACCAGAGGAGGAUUGUGGGAGGAGCUAUAGGUGGACGAGCUCAUUGUAAUGGCUGGAAUGGAAUAAAUAGAACGGUAUCAAACGCAUCAAAUAUAUGGAAACCACAUGUUUGACUCCGUUCCAUUAAUU